AUGAAAAAAGUGUUGAUGGUGGCGGAGAAGCCGUCUUUGGCAGCAUCGUUGGCGCAAAUUUUGUCCAAUGGCAAAAGUCAUGCUAAAAAAGCCACCACCAAUUCUUGUUCCACCCACGAAUGGAAUGGCGAAUUUAAAGGCCAGCCGGCCAUGUUUCGCAUGACUUCGGUGUGUGGCCAUGUCAUGACAUUGGAUUUUGUUGGCAAAUAUAAUUAUUGGGACCGGGUUGAUCCGGCAGAAUUGUUUGGCUGCCCAACAGAGAAAAAAGAGGCCAGCCCCAAACAACAUAUGCCCAGCUUUUUGGCACAUGAGGCAAGAGGUUGCGAUUAUUUGGUGCUAUGGCUUGAUUGCGAUAAAGAAGGUGAAAAUAUUUGCUACGAAGUAAUGGAGUGUGUAUCCCGUGUCAUAAACAAUGUCUAUAGCCGCAACGUUACAUAUCGUGCCCAUUUUUCGGCCAUUACGGAGAAAGACAUCAAGGGGGCAAUGAACUCCUUGGGUUACCCGAAUGAAAAUGAAGCCAAAUCGGUUGAUGCCCGUCAGGAGUUGGAUUUACGUAUUGGUUGUGCCUUUACCAGGUUUCAAACGAGAUUCUUUCAAGGACGUUAUGGUGAUUUGGAUUCAUCGUUAAUCUCCUAUGGUCCAUGUCAAACACCCACAUUGGGUUUUUGUGUCAAACGUCAUGAUGAUAUACAAACAUUUAAACCCGAAAGUUUUUGGUAUCUACAAUUGACAGCGGGUCAGCCGGAGUUUUUGUUUGAAUGGAAUCGUGGUAGAGUUUUUAAAAAGGAUAUUGCAACAAUGCUGCUGAAUUUGGUCAAGAAUCAAAAGGAGGGAAUAAUUGAAAGUGUAUCCUCGAAGGAGCAAACCCGUGUACGACCCCAGGCCUUAAAUACCGUUGAGUUAAUGAGAAUUUGUAGUUCCGGUUUGGGUAUUGGCCCCUUUCAGGCCAUGCAAAUUGCUGAGCGUCUGUACACACAGGGUUACAUCAGUUAUCCACGUACCGAGACCAAUCAAUAUCCAGCUAAUUUUGAUUUAAAUGCCGUUCUUCAUAUAUUGAAACCCUCUUCGGAAUUUGGCUCUGAGGCUCAUGGCAUAUUGGCUGAUUUUAAUGCACCCCGCAAAGGUAAAGAUUGUGGUGACCAUCCCCCCAUUACACCCAUGAAAUUGGCCACUCGCAAUGAUUUCGAUCGUGACACCUGGCGUGUCUACGAUUUUAUUUGUCGUCACUUUUUGGGAACCAUUUCAAAAGAUUUAAAAUAUCGUGCCACAACAGUGAAACUGAAAGUUGCCACUGAGACAUUUACAUGUACAGCAAAUGUUUUGGUAGAUCCAGGUUUUACAAAAGUUAUGACAUGGUUGGCCUUCGGACGAGAUGAGGCAGUACCACAAUUUACCCAAGGCGAGAAAGUGGCAAUAAAUGAUGUACGUCUGGCUGAAAGUCAAACCAGUCCACCCGACUAUUUGACCGAGGCGGAAUUGAUUACGUUGAUGGAACAACAUGGCAUAGGUACAGAUGCAUCAAUACCCGUACACAUUAAUAAUAUAUGUCAGCGUAAUUAUGUGACCAUUGAAAGUGGUCGUAAAUUAAUACCCACCACAUUGGGUAUUGUGCUGGUGCAUGGCUAUCAAAAGAUCGAUCCCGAAUUGGUCUUACCCACAAUGCGUUCAGAGGUGGAGAAGAUGUUAAAUCUAAUUUCCAAAGGCUCUGCCGAUUAUCAUGCCGUUCUGAAACAUGCCAUCGAAAUAUUCCGUUUGAAAUUUUUAUAUUUUGUUAAAAACAUCUCCAAUAUGGAUAGCCUGUUUGAGGUGUCAUUUUCUCCGCUGGCCGAAUCGGGUAAAUCCCAUUCACGCUGUGGCAAAUGUCGUCGUUAUAUGAAAUAUAUACAAUCGAAACCAGCCCGCCUUCAUUGUUCCCAAUGUGAUGAAACCUAUUCCCUGCCAAAUGGUGGUAAUGUCAAAGUUUAUCGUGAAUUCAAAUGUCCGUUGGACGAUUUCGAACUGUUGGCAUUUACCACGGGGGCCAAGGGGCGUUCAUAUCCCUUUUGUCCCUACUGUUACAAUCAUCCGCCAUUCAGGGAUAUGCCCAAAAAUGCCGGCUGUAAUUCGUGUACACAUCCCACCUGCCCGCAUUCACAAAAUAAUUUAGGCAUAUCGGGUUGUGUGGAAUGUGAACAUGGUGUUUUGGUGUUGGAUUGUACGUUGGCGCCCAGUUGGAAGGUUGGUUGCAAUAAGUGUGAUGUUAUCAUUAAUUGCUUUAAGGGGGCCACCAAGAUCACGGUGGAAGAUGACAAAUGUGAGGAGUGUGGCGCCCAAACAGUCAACGUGGUCUAUAAAUCCGAUAAAACCAAAUUUAAAGAUGGCUCGGAGGAGAAAUCUGGCUGCAUUUUCUGUUCUGCAGAUUUUGCAAAUUUGGUUGAGAAACAUCGUGCCGUGGCCUCUCGCCCUGUGAAUAUACGCAGCGGUCGUGGAGGGGCACGCGGUGGCAGAGGCGGCAAACCUGGUCGUGGUGGCAGCGGUAGAGGUGGCCGUGGCGGUUCAAGACAACCCAAAGAUAAAAUGGCCCAUUUAGAUGCAUAUUUUGUGUGAGAAG